AUGUCUGAGUACGACAACGUUCCAGGCGGUUCCUUAAGGCUCAAGGGAGGCACCGGUAAUUCUAACAAGAUAAAAAAGAAAAAGAAGAAAAGUCACAAGGACGAGGAAAAGUUGAGAACUUAUGCUAAAGAAUUAGUUGACGAUAAAGAAAUCAAACCAAUUAGAGUCGUCACCAAAACCGAAGCAGAAAAGAAAUUUGAGGAGAUUCAGGCAAAGAGGUUGGAGGAGAAAGUGCAAAAAGCAGCCCGUAAAUCGCACAAGGAACGCGUAGCAGAGUUGAAUAGAAAAUUGGAAGAAAUGACCGAACAUUACGAUAUCCCGAAGGUUGGCCCCGGAUAA